AUGUCAGUGUUUGUUUUGCCUAUGAACACUUGCAAAUCUUUGGAGUCUGUUAUGAGUAGCUACUGGUGGAAAUCAUCUAAACAAAGCAGAGGGGUUUCUUGGAUGAGUUGGAAAAAGCUUUGCAAACACAAGAGUACUGGCGGUUUAGGCUUUAAAGAUUUGAGAGAGUAUAACCUUGCUCUUCUUGGUAAGCAGGCAUGGAGACUACUUGUAAAUGAUACUACUCUAGUUAGCAAGGUUUUCAAGGCAAGGUAUUUUCCUAAAGGUUCCUUCUUGACAUCAUCUUUAAGGAAUAAUCCUAGCUAUGUGUGGAAAAGCAUCUUUGAAACCAAACAACUUAUUCUUGCUGGUGCAAGGAAAAGCAUUGCCAAAGGCUUUGAAACUUCUAUCUUAGAGGACCCGUGGCUUCCUGAUGCCACAGAUCCUUUUGUCCGUACCUCUCAUCUUGGGCUUGUGAAUUAUAAGGUUUCUUCCUUAAUUUGUAUCGAUAGACAUCAGUGGGACAAGGAGAUUUUAGAUGAUAUGUUUGAUGACCGAGAUCGUAAUUUAAUCAUCAGCAUUCUUCUGCCUCUAACUGUUCAAAAGGAUGGAUGGACUUGGAGCAAAGAAAAGACUGGUGUUUACUUAGUAAAAAGUGCUUACAAAUGGUUACAAAACCAUGAUAUUUCUGCUGGUUUGGACUCUGAUUUUUGGAUAGCUUUUUGGAAAAUAAAUGUACAACCCAAAAGUCUUGCAUUUUGGUCCUGUUGGCAUAGGUCCUAUGUUAAUAUCAUUCCAUCUUCUCAUCAGUCCUUUCACAAGUGGUUUCAAGAUGUUAUGAAGGACAAUAAUCCAACUCAAAUUGAAGAAGCUUUAAUGGUGACAUGGGCAAUAUGGAAUGCAAGAAAUAAGUUACUAUGGAACCAGAAAAGAAAAGAGGAGGAGCAUUGGACUAAACCUGGUGCAAAUAUGGUGAAGAUAAAUGUUGAUGGAGCAAGUUUUAAAGCUCAUAACUCUUUUGGUUUUGGCAUUAUUGCUCGAGCCAGGUCCGGUUGUAUCAUUGAAGUUGUUACUUCGUGUAGAUCAGGUAGCACUUCCCCUGAAAUUGUUAAGCUAAUCGGAAUUAAGGAAGCCCUAAGUUGGAUAAAAACUAAGGGAUGGACUUUUACUAUACUUGAGACCGACUGUCUGAUGGCAGUCCAAGCAAUCCACAACAACUGUUUUAUUCCUUCUACAUUUGGGAUGUUGGUCCAUGACUGUCAAAACCUUUUAUCUGAGUUGUCUAAUGUUACUUUGUCCUUUGUUAAGUGCUCUGCUAAUAAGGCCGCACAUUUCCUUGCGCGUAGCUCUUCUUCUUUGUCAGAUUGCACUUUUGAUGCUAGAAAUUUACCUUCUGAGUUGGUGAACAUUGUUAUGAUUGAUCUCAAUUAUUAA